UUUGUCCCUUUGUGAUUUGUAUAGAUCAUCGUCCAUCUGCUGACUACCUCUACGCCGGGCUUGUUUCGACAUACCUCUCCUCGGUUUCUUUGGGUGAUUUUAGGGCAAUCGGCGAUCUGCUGGCCUCCUACACUCCUGGCUCGUUUCGACGUACCUCUCGUCGGUUUGCCACUGCCUACGCCUAUCUUGUGGACAGCGGACUCCAAUUGGCCCAAUCGAGUCCGCAAUCGGGUGUCGGCAGCAGUGAUGCCCAUGUGAAUCGCGAUCUUCUAGUCGGACUGACCGAUCUCUCGGUGGCCAGCCGACGCCUUUUGGAUGAGGCGAGGCGUGUCUGUGCCCAUCCUGACGACACACCGACCCGUGGUCAUUACCAGAACUCGGCCAGAUUGCUUGCAGGGGACGUCGAUGAACUUCCCUCUAAAGCAUCCUUUGCUAUUUCAGACCUCAUUCUUUGCAAACCGAACCAAUGUCGGGCGACUGGGGGGCAUACGGGCUCAUUCUUUCUUUCACCUUUUGGACUUGGAUUCACGCCUAUAUACAUUCAGGCCUCAUGUUUUCUAUGUUAA